AUGGAAACCUUCAAUUCUAGUUCAGACAAGGCCUUCUUUUUGGUGGGAUUCUCAGAUUGGCCUCACCUGGAACUUGCCUUUUUUGUCAUCAUUUCAAUUUUCUACUCCCUAACGCUUUUUGGCAACACCUCCAUCAUUGUUCUCUCACGAUUGGACCUUCGAUUGCAAACGCCAAUGUACUUCUUCCUCUCACACCUCUCCUUCCUGGACCUCUGCUACACCACCAGCACUGUGCCCCAGCUCCUGAUCAACCUCCAUGGUCUAGACAGGACCAUCAGUUAUGGGAGGUGUGUGGCCCAGCUCCUUAUUUUUCUCACCCUGGCUUCCACAGAGUGUGUGCUGUUGGGGGUCAUGGCCUUUGAUCGCUACGCUGCUGUGUGCCGACCACUGCACUACACGACCAUUAUGCACCCUCAGCUGUGCCAGGUACUGGCCAUCUCCUCCUGGGUAGGAGGCCUCAUGAACUCUCUGAUUCAGACAGGCCUCAUGAUGGCCAUGCCUCUCUGCGGCCAUCGACUGAAUCACUUCUUCUGUGAGAUGCCCAUAUUUCUGAAGUUGGCCUGCGAGGAAACAAAAAGAACAGAGGCCAAGAUGUUUGUGGCUCGAACAAUAGUCUUGGUCUGCCCUGCAGCGCUUAUCCUGGGUUCCUAUGCUCGCAUUGCCAGGGCAGUGCUGAAGGUCAAGUCCACAGCCGGGCGCAGAAAAGCCUUUGGGACUUGUGGAUCCCACAUUCUGGUGGUUUCUCUGUUUUAUGGUUCAGCCAUCUACACAUACCUUCAACCCACUCACACCUACUCUGAGAGUGAAGGGAAGUUUGUUGCCCUUUUUUAUACUAUCGUCACCCCUAUGCUCAACCCUCUGAUUUACACCCUGAGGAACAAGGACGUGAAGGGGGCUCUGUGGAAGGUGCUAGGGAGAGGCACAGACUCUGAGUAA